AUGUCACCCCCAGAGACGAAGCCUCUCGAGAGCUUUCCUGUCUCACUUUCACCGUUUGCAAAGCCUCAAGAUUCUUCAACUCGUGACAUACAACUUCCACCUAUCUCAGCUGAUCGAAAACGGACGCAGUCAGAGAUGGACCUCCCGUCGCCACCUGUGACUCCCUACACGGGGAACAAGAAGAGCAAUUCCCAUGCCUCGGACCAAAUUGAAAGAGAUUUGGGAUCCCCCAGGGAUCCUGUCCUUUUCCCCCCCCAGGAUUCCGUUACUGACGUUGCCACGGAUGAGCCGUUGUUCGGCCCCGUUCACCCUCCAUCUGCAGAGGAACUUGUGGAAGAACACAUGAAUUCUCACAUGGCAAUCUUUCGCAAUAAGUUGAACAAACCCACACGGGAUGAAUAUCUCCUAGCGCUCUCCUGUGUUCCCAUUGUUUCGACCCAGUACAAUCGCAAUCCGGGUGCUUGGGCCCGAGAGGAACGGGAGACGCUGGAGCGCCAAAUGGCCAUGAUGAACCGCUAUCGCUCAGGAGAUUAUGAACCCAAGUUGAAGAAGAUUGCUCCAGCUCCAGUUAAGAGAUCGGGAACUCAACCGCGCGUGCAACGAACCCGGGUCAAACGCACCCCUAAAUCUACACCCAAGCAGCAGGUGUUUGACAACUUUGAUCCCCCCCAGACGCCGCUUACCAAACCGCGUGCUUUGGGUACGAAUCGCGAUGACACCGAUUAUCACUCACUCAAGGAUUUUUCGCCCCCGGUAGACACGCUAGGCAGUAAUGCUAAAGCAUUGAAGGCCGAUUGGAAGGGGCAGAUGUUGGAUUUGAGCAAUGACCCGGACAGAAACAUUCUCAGUCCCGCCGAGCUCAAUCUCGCCUCCACCCUGAGACUUUCAUGUGCGACCUAUCUAUGCAGCAAGCGUCGAAUCUUUGAAGCUCGAGUUCGAGCUCUUGGCGUUGGCAAAGAGUUUCGCAAAACAGAUGCCCAGCAGGCUUGCAAGAUCGAUGUCAAUAAAGCCAGCAAACUUUGGACCGCUUACGAACGUGUGGGUUGGUUUGAAGCUGAAUAUUUUCACCAAUACCUAGCAUGA